AUGCAUUCCCUGCCCACUCUGCCGUCCGACUCGGCCGCCCGCUGGAGGCCGGCCAUCGCGACGGUGAGUCUGGGAGCCGCGCAUCUACACUCCAUCGCCACCAAAAUCGACGCGGCGGCACAGAAUGGCCAGCGCGGACUCGAAUUAUUCCACGACGAUCUCGCACAGCUGGCCAAGACGCUGCGCUGCCAUGAAUGCGAGACGACGGGCCGCUCCGAUCGCGACUACGAGAUCGAUGCCGCGCACGCAAUUCGCAAUUUAUGCGCCGAGCGGGGCAUGCAAGUGCUAGCGCUGCAGCCGUUCAGGCACUAUGAAGGCCUGCGCGAUCUGGCGCGGCAUGCUCAACGUAUCGACGAACUCCGGCACUGGGUGCGGCUGUCGCAGAUUCUCGGGGAUGAUCUCUUCAUUCUCAUUCCAUCCUCCUUCCUCGACCCCUCGGAAAUCACUGGUGACCGGGAGCGGCUAGUGGCCGACCUCGCUGAGGCGGCCGACGUGGCAUUUCCGACUCGCGUUGCCUACGAGGCCUUAGCCUGGGGCACUUAUAUCAAUACAUGGGAAGGUUCCUGGGAAAUCGUCCAGCGGGCCAACCGACCCAACCUCGGUAUCUGUCUGGAUACCUUCAACAUUGCAGCACGAGUGUGGGCCAACCCAACCAGUCCAACAGGACGGGGGCCAGCCCAGGUCGACCAGGAUCUACAACUCUCGAUGGAACGGCUGGUUCAAGAAAUCGAUCCCGAGCGAGUGAUGAUGGUGCAACUGGCAGAUGGCGAACGAGUCGACCCACAAGCACCCUUCCUGCAAGAAUCAAAGCUGCCCAAGCUGCUUGCCUGGUCACGGAAUGCUCGUCUGUUCCCGUGUGAAGAAGAGCGGGGCGGAUAUCUCCCUAUUCAGUUGGUGGCUGAAGCCUGUCUAAAUGGCUUAGGGUACGCAGGGUGGGUCAGCAUGGAAGUCUUCUCGCGAACGACGCAGGUAGAUGACCCGUCGGUGCCAGAAGAACAUGCCGCAAGGGCUAGCCAGGCAUGGAAACGAAUGCUGGAGCGGUUGACAGCGAACGGGAUGAACAAAGCCACGUAG